UGUCCAGCUAGCUAGCUCUCGGUCUUCGCUUUUGCUCACAAUUUCAUCUCCUGACAAAACCAAACAUUGAUCAACCACCUUGAUUCAACCAAAACAAACGACCAACCAUGAGUAACAGACAAGGAAUCCAAAGGAGUUAUGGCAGCUACCACAACCGACGGGUUGACGCUGUCGGCGAGACCGACCAAACCACACCAAGAUUGAGGGCUGGUCGUCGUUCUCUCAGCGGCCCUGCACGACACCCAAGGGCCACCGGUGAGGAAGGAGACGACCAAUCCUCCACUGUGGCAAGUCGCAACAUGGAACGACUCAUGUCGGACGAUUCCAGUGUACGAAGAUCUGCAACGCACAUUGACCGCUCCAAGCUCCGCCGUGAAUCCUUGUCCAUGGGAAGAAGGCGUGGGUCUGUCUUGGGUAACAGACGGGAGCGCAGCGGAAGCUUUAGCUGCGAUGAAUCUGCCCAAAGUACCGGCUCUGUCAGCAGCAGAAGACGAUCAGCUAUCCGAGACAGUUUGACUGGAAAGGACGAGGAAUGGGCCAUCUUCAGAGAAGCACUUUCUGCCUACCAAUAAAGGGACGAACACAGAAAGCAACACAUCGUACAAAUGAAUUGUUCAUCAUGAUUUUCAUAUAAGAUUAC